AUGGUCAACGUCCCCGCGGGCCGCCAUGCCGCGGCGGUGAAGGCAGAGGAGCUGCAGAUUAAGCUGCAGGCGCUGGACGUGUUCGAGCCGUACAACCGCGCGAUGCGCGAGACGGAGGAGGUGGUGAAACAGUACGGGGAGGCGACGAACGACCACAGCCUGGCGCUGACGGCGGCCAAGGCCCGCGCGACGCAGCUCCAGCCGUUCAAGGCCGACCUCGAGAAGUCCGUGCAGGCCAUUUUGAACCGCGAGGCCGCGGAGCAGGAGCGCGUGCUGGGCCGGGAGGAGGAGCUGAUCGAGGAGGAGGCCGCGGAGGUCGAGGCGCAGCUCAAGCAGCAGGAGGAGGAGGCCGUGGCGCGCGUGCAGGACAAGCAGAUCCUCGCGAAGGAGCUCUUCCGCGCGGAGAACCUCCUCCUGCAGCAGCUCGAGCGCAUUGCCCAGGAGCGCAAGACGUCGCAGGCCGACCUCGCGCUCCGGCGCGCGGACGAGGCGCGCAAGGCCGCGGACCGCAUCGAGGACCUGCGCUCCGAGCAGCUCCGCGAGGAGGAGGGCAUGCGCCGCGCGUUCAACGAGUGGCGCUACGCCCGGCAGGCCGACGCCGCCAAGCAGCGCCAAAAGUACAUCGACUCCACGGACGCGAACAAGGCGCAGCUGCGGAAGAUCGUCGAGCAGGCCAAGGCCGCGGCCGAGGAGGCCCGCGCGCGCGCCACGGACCACACGCGCGUCGUCCGGCAGCGCCAGAUGCGGAAGGAGGAGCUCAUCGCGGAGUUUCAGGGGGCGCGGCAGAAGGCGGACGUGGCGCGGGAGGCGGCGGCGGACGCGCGGGGCACGUACGCGCGCGAGGAGGCGGCGCUGAAGGCCGAGGUCGACGCGUUUCUGCAGGAGCGCGAGGAGCGGACGACCAAGGCGGACCAGGGGGAGGUGGACUUCCGCGAGGGGAUCGAGCAGCGGCGGAAGGAGGUGCAGGCGGAGGCGCGGGCGAAGCUGGAGGAGCUCAAGCAGCAGAUGGAGGAGCGCACGGGCAAGCUGCACGACACGCGCGAGGAGCACGACAAGGCCGAGGAGGAGCGGCGCGCGGCGGAGCUGGACAUCGCGGGGCGCAUCGAGCGGCUGAAGGAGGGGUACCAGUCGGCGAAGACGGAGGCGACGCAGUUCGAGAAGGACGCGGAGCAGCGGCGGCAGUACGCGGAGCAGGAGCUGCAGCGGCGGCGCGAGGCGCUGCGGCAGCACGACGCGGACUUCGCGACGGAGAUCCAGACGAUGCGGCGGGAGGCGGAGGAGGCGCACGCGGCGCGGCUGCGGGCGCUGGAGGAGGCGAAGACGAAGACGGACCGCGAGAAGGUGGAGGCGAUCGAGCAGGAGCGCGCGGCGAUCCAGCGGCGCGUCAAGGAGACCACCGCGAAGUUCGACAGGCUGCUCGAGCAGCAGAUGGUGGUCGUCGCGAACGCAAAGGCGGGCCUGGAGGCGCAGAAGAUGACGAUGGAGAACGCGGAGCGGUCGGUGUCGCAGAUGGAGAAGCGGCGCGGGAAGAUGGUGACGCAGCAGGACGCGCAGUGGGACGAGGAGAAGGGCCGCCGCGAGAAGAAGCUGCAGGCCCUCAAGGCGGAGUGGGACCGCGCGAAGCAGGAGCUCGACGCGCGGAAGGCCGCGAUGGGCGGGAAGCACGACCGGUACUUGGCGGAGCUGAAGCGGGAGCACGAGGAGGUGAAGGGCACGCUGGCGGAGCAGACGGCCAAGCACGCCAAGCGCAGGGAGGACCUCCAGGCGCAGAUCGAGGCCGAACGGAAGAAGUUCAAGGAGGACUACGCGAAGCGGAAGACGGACCUCGAGGCGCGGAAGGCGGCCGCCGCGGCGGCCCUCGAGGCGGACAAGGCGGCGGAGGAGGCCCAGGAGCCGCUGGACGUGGCGGCGGCGGCAGCCGACUCCAUGCAGGCGGAGCUGGAGGGGCAGAUGCAGGCGCUGGACGCGGAGCGUCGGCGGGUGCGCGACUUCGAGGACGGCGCGGAGCUCCUGAUCGGGCAGGCGGCGCAGGAGAUGCAGCUGCAGAUACAGCAGCUGCAGGAGGAGACGGACAUCAAGUUGGCGAGUCUCAAGGCGAAGCUGGACCAGGAGGUCAAGGAGGCGGAGGCGGACGCGGCCGCGGGCGUCGAGGACUGCACGCGGCGGCUGCGGAUGGUCAUGGAGCAGAGACAGACUCUCGAGGAGACCCUGUCGGACCAGGAGGAGCAGGUGGUGAUCCUGAGGGCGUCCGCAGAGCAGCAGACCGCGCUGCUGAAGCCCGAGCUCGGGCUGCUGUCCGCGCAGCUCCUGCCGCGGGACGAGGUCGCGCGGAUGGACGCAGAGAUCGCGGACGGCGUGCCGGUCGGGGACCGCCUCAGCAAGCGCGUGCAGCACGAGGCGGCGUCGAUCCACGCGCUGCACGUCCAGAUCCAGAUGAUCGUCGCGGAGGCGCAGGCGGAGGCCAAGGCUGUCGAGUUCGAGGCCAAGCAGCUCGAGAUGCAGGUCGCGUGGCUCAAGGACGAGGAGGAGGACCUCAAGUCCCGCGCGGAAGGCAUCAAGCUCUCCACGGAGCGCAUCGUGCAAGCGAAGACGCAGGCGUACGAGACGCAGAAGGAGAUUCUCACGAGCGACGCACUCGAGGAGCGCAAGCGGCUGCAGGCGGUGCACUCGCGGAAGCGUGUCGAGCUGCUGUCGCUGCCGAACGAGCGGAAGCACCUCCUCGCGCACCUCACGUCCCGGCUCGAGGAGUGCCGCACGCGCGCGUACAUGGUCGACAAGUCCCUCUCGAUGCUCGCGACCAACGUCAGCUACAGUCUGACGCGGCAGGACAAGGACAAGAUCGUCGACUUCCGGCGGCUGCAGCUCGAGUCCUCGCGGCUCGCGGCGGAGGAGAACAAGGCGGUCGUGAAGCUCGAGGCCGCGCUGAAGGCGCGCAUGGAGGAGGCGCUCGCCGAGGAGGCCCGCACGCUCGGGCAGCUCAAGACGCGCAUGAUCGCGCUGGAGGCGCAGAUCGCGAAGAUUCCCGCGGACUCGGCCGAGGCGGAGCGGCUGUUCAACUUCCUGAGGCACGUCGAGGAGCAGAAGGCCGCGCUGUACCAGGAGGCGGGGCAGCUGAUGGCGGAGGACGAGAAGCGGUACCUCGCGGAGAAGCGGAAGCGCGAGGACGAGGCGGACCGGCCGCUGGCGGCGAUGCGGCGCGAGCGCGACGACGCAGCGAAGGCGUUCGAGUCCGCGAAGGCGUCGCUGGCGCGCGAGACGGAGCGGUUGAAGGCGCUCGAGGAGCAGGCGCGCGACGAGCUGGCCAAGGCGCAGCUGGAGGACGCGCUGCUGGAGGCGCAGCGGAGGGCGGCGGAGGAGCAGGAGCGGCUGGAGGAGGAGCGGAAGCGCGUGGAGAAGGAGCUGAAGGAGAAGCACGCGAUGCUGGAGAAGCAGGCGCGCGAGCACGAGCAGCGGAUGCGCGACGAGGCCAAGGAGAUCGACCAGUGGCUGGAGGGCGAGGAGGAGGAGGAGCGGCGGCGGGAGAUGACGCUGGGCGAGCUGAAGACGUCGUCGGCGCAGCGCGUCAAGGACCUGGAGGCGGAGGUCGCGCGGCUGGAGAAGGCGCGGCGGGAGCACCGCGACGCGGGGACGUCCGAGCUGAUGCAGCUGACGACCGAGCGCGACAAGAUCCCGCAGGACGUGCAGUACAUGCAGCGGUCGAUCGACGAGUCGCUCAAGCUCGCGCUCGCCGCGCUGGACGCGGAGGCGCAGGAGAAGGAGAACCUGGUCAAGGCGUGGCGCGAAGACAACGAGCUGUUCGUGCAGCAGGGGGAGAACCGGCACAAGACGGCCAAGGUGCGGCUGCGCGGGUUCCGCGACCGGCUCGAGGAGCUCGAGGCGGCGCGGCAGGACGCGGAGGGCGCGGAGCAGCGGGCGCGGGACGCCAUGGAGGCGGCGGUGGCGGCGUGGGAGGCCGAGGUGGAGGUGCAGGCCGAGCUCGACGCGCAGGCGGCGAAGAUGGAGGCGCGGCACGGGGAGGCGGACAAGGGGGCGGAGGAGCGGCGCGUGGCGCUGGAGCAGCGGCUGCAGAGGAAGCUGGAGCGCAUCUCGUCGGUGCUGACGGAGAUCUGCGCGGCCAAGGAGGAGGAGCUCGGGCAGCAGAUCAAGCACUCGCGGACGGAGCUGACGAGCCUGAUCGGGCGCGUGGACGGCGCGCUGCAGCAGCGGCUGCAGGAGCUGGGGGAGUCGGAGAGGGAGUCGAUGGUGUAUUACGACGCGGCGGAGAAGGCGGCGCGGGAGGAGACCGAGGAGCACAAGCAGUUCGCGCACAGCGCGCAGGCGGAGCGCGUGAAGCAGCGGGAGCGGGACAACAAGGACGCCGCGCAGGAGCGCGAGCAGACGCGCCGGGAGAACGCGGACAACGACGCGCGCGCCAAGGCGCGCUACACGAAGGAGAUGAUGAGCAUGGAGCGCGCGGUGGACUCGCUCUGGCGGUCGCUCGUCGAGACAGUCGCCCGCGAGGACGCGCAGCUCGACGAGGAGCGCGAGCUCGAGGUGGCGCGCCUCAAGGCCAAGGCGGAGCUCGAGGCGGAGCGCGACCUUGCGCGGCGGAACCGUUUGUUGCAGGAGAAGUACGAGGAGGAGCGGCGGCGCGCGGAGGAGGAGACGGAGCGCAUGCGCGCCAAGGUGAUGGAGGACCUGCAGGCGAUGGAGGCUGCGGCGCGCGCGAGCAUCGAGGAGGAGGUCCGGCGCAUGCAGAUGAUCCAGAUGGCGAUGCAGCAGGAGGCGUUUGCGCGGCUGGAGCUGACGAUGCGGGAGAAGAUGCUCGAGGUGGAGAGCAAGAACCAGGACGCGGCGACGCGGCUGAAGGAGAUGAUGGACCAGGAGGCGCAGCGGGCGCAGAGCAUCGUGCAGGAGACCAUGCAGCAGAAGCUGCAGCGGAUUGGGGAGGCGUGGAAGUCGAACGCGGCGGCGGGCGCGGCGCAGCGGGACGCGGUGGCGAGCGGGGCGCCGGACGCGGAGCUGAAGAAGUACGAGGAGGAGCAGCGGGCGAUGGAGGCGGAGCUGCGCGCCAUCGAGGCGGAGAUCGCGCGGCUGCAGGGGGGGGAGUGA